AAAGAUGCCGAGGAAGUCGACAGACUGGUCGCAUCGGGAACAAUGAGCGCAAGUCAAAUGACCAAGGAAAAGCCACUGCUGGGCUUACCGUUCACUUCCAAGAACAGCAUUGCCAUCAGAGGCAUGCGACAUGACGCGGGCUCCCUCUACUGGCAUGGGCGACGCGCCGAGGAAGAUGCUCCGAGCGUGGCCUCCUUGCGGCGAGCCGGCGCCAUCCCACUGGCACUGACCAACGUGCCUGAGCUGUGCAUGUGGGGCGAGUCCCACAACUUGGUGGAUGGCUGCACACGGAACCCGCAUGACACGCGCCGAAGCCCCGGCGGAAGCAGCGGUGGAGAGGGAAGCCUUCUUGCAGCAGCUGGAUCCCUGAUUGGCCUUGGCACAGACGCUGCGGGAAGCGUGCGAAUACCAUCCGCCUACUGCGGCAUUUUCGGCCACAAGCCAACAGCUGGAGUAGUGCCAAAUACUGGCCUGAUGCCAGAGUUCGGAGAAAACGUGGCGCAGUUUUAACUGCGUUGGACCACUGGCCGGUUUGCGGAGGACCUGCCGCUUUUGCUGAAUGUCCUGGCCUACAACCAACAAGUUAAGACUAAAUGAACAAGUAAAUCUGAAGGCUCUGAAGCUGUAUUACAUGGACAAUGAAGGGAGCCUUUUCAUCAGCCGUGUGACCACUGAUAUGCGACGGGCAGUUAGACGGGUCACCCAAUACCUCACUGCGGCUCACGGGCUUGAAGCGAAUCAGCUGCACCUGCCCGAGAUGCGAUUCGGCAUGUACGAGUGGUUCAAGGUUAUCGCCAUCAAGAAUCCCACGCCACUAGCCCAGAUCUUCAGGCCCGGCGGCUUUAACACGUUAGUCGAACUGCUCCGCCACGUCGUGGGUGCUGGCCGGCACACACUCGCAGCGUUGCUGUCGUCCAAGUUUUCGCCUCUUUACCGGUUCCGUUCGCAGCAAAAGGCCGAAGCCUUCGUCGCUUCCAUAGAG